AUGGUUUUGGGGGAGGAAGUCUCACUAAGACUAGCUAGAGACGUUGUUAGUCAAGACCAUCCUUCGUUUUCAAAUCAGCGUGCUGCCUUUUACCCCACAACUCUGCUACCAUCAUCCAUCUCCAGCACCAGCACAAUCCAGUACGAUGGGACGGUGCCGAAAAUUGUAGAGAUAGGCCCACCCAAGAAAGCCGCUCGUACGAUCUCGCAGGAAGCCUUCGACGAGGUGGUGAAGGAGAACAUGGACGAUCUCGGCAUGGAGCUCACCGAAGCCCUCGAAGAUGGUAAUGUGAAGGACAAUCCUGUGUUACAAUGUUUGGAUAGAUUGAGUCAGUUGAAUUGCAGUCAAAACCGUCAAGUAGAAGAUGAACUUGUGGAUUUACUCGUUAAAUUUACUGAGCUGUGUAAUUCCAAAGGUUCUGGGAAUGCAGCAAUAGCUUCUAGAAAUGGAGGUGAAAUCGUUUGUUCGAUUGGUCUUAAGAUUCAAGUCGAGUGCGAACAAGCUUUUGUUUUGGCUUUGAGGGCAUUGGCUUCCUUGCAACAUGAUUUGCAGAGUAGAGAAGCAUUUAGGACAAGUGGUGGACCAAGCAUUUUGGUGGGUAUCUUAACUGAUGGAUUUGAUAUUGACAUUUUAAGUAAUGGUUUUGCUAUUGUUGUUGUGGCUGCAACGAGUAAUGAGGUCAUAAAAGAGCUAUUCAUGGAGUUGAUGAAGAUUGAUGAGCUUAUUCUGCGAGUAUUGAGUGUAAAAAGGGAAGUCAGCACUGAGAGUUUGUACGAUGCUAUACAGGUUCUCUUAACACAUGAUGAUAAUUGGGUUUUGGCUUUGCAAGUUUAUGGUUAUGCGCAAAAAUUUGCCAAGAUUGAAAUCGUUAGAGCUCUGGUUGAAUCAAUACGAGUGGGACUUAGCUCAUCUAGUCUUGUUUCAGCAAGCAUUGCUUUAAAGGCUGUCGCUGUCAAUGAUGAAAUACGUACAUCCGUUGCUGAAAAUGGUGGAAUUGAUGCAGUUCUCCUAUGUAUUGAUAACAGUAGUGAACAAGGCAACAAAACUGUUGCUAAAGUUUGCUGUUCUUUGCUCUGCAAGUUGGCAGGAAGUGGCGCAAAUAAGAAUGCUAUUGUUGAGAACAAGGGCAUGGAUAGGCUAAUUAAGCUGUCAUCUAGGUUUUAUUAUGACCCUUCUGUCCUCCAAGAGGUGAGGAACAAUGAUUCUUUCAUAUGAAUUUGCAUACUUUUGAACACAUCAGCUGACUAAGGUUUCCUUUCAAGUGAAAUUCUCGGUUCAUCUGCCAGUAUUUGUUAGGGUUGGAAGUGUUUUUAAAAUUACUGAAAACACUUUUGAUGAAAGUGCUUUUGAAAUCAAUCCUUAGUAAAAGUGCAAGUGAAUCCUG